AUGGCUGCUGGCGGACCGGGGGCAGACGAGGCCGCUGCUGCGUGCGCCGAUGAGGGCUGCGCGUGCGUGUGUGCUUGCGCACCGUGCGCUGUGCGCCCGGGCAGGCGCCGUGCAGCUGCUGCUGCUCUCGGUGCUGGGUUCUGCCGAGGAGGUGUGGCUGCUGGAGUCGGGCGGGGGCGUGAGGGAUGUGCGUGCUGGGGCGGCGCGCGCGCGCGUGCUUGCGCGAUGUGUGCUGCGCGCCCAGCGCUGCACUGCACGGCCGUUCGCCCGCUGCCGACGUGCUGCUGCCGCACCGAGGCUGCUGCUGCUGUGCUGCUGUUGCUGCCGUGCUGUUGCUGGACGCCGAGGCUGCUGCUGCUGUGCGCCGAAUGCCACGCCGAGGCUGCUGCCACUGAGCUGCCCGUGCCGGGCUGCUGCUGCGGCGCACGCCGGGAGCUGCUGCGGCGGCGCUGUGCAGCGGGUGUCAAGGAAGGUGGCGGCGGCAGCUAG